AUGUCCAAGAUUGUUUUGCUUUUUGCCAUCGUUGUCCUGGUUUGCGUGUCUGUUGAGGCUCAAACUCGCAGACCCAUUAAUCGACAGAUUUGCCAGCGUCAAGAUGAGAGAUGUCUCCGUAAUGAGCCCAGAAAUGGACGCAACAACGAUAUUUCGGAGAUCUUCAAUCAAUGGUGUCGGGGAACUAACCCAAGGUGGCGCAAUAUUUCCCGUUGCGAACUCUCCCGGGCCACUUGUCGUUUGACCCUUGAGAACUGUGCCCUCUUGUCCUGUGAUAAUGUAAGGCAAGCUCUGCGGGAGGAACGCACUACUACUACUAGGCGUCCAGAACCCAGCGAGGAAUAG